GGGAGAGCUUAAUAUUAUACCAUAGAUUACCUAUUAGAUUUCUUUUUACAAACAGCCCCCCAAUUUACAGAAGAGUCAGUGCACUAUAAUAUAUGGCUGUAAAUGUUUCGGAAAACAAUUUCACAUAUUUCGGGGCGUAGCGGAAGCUUCCAACUGGACGAAAUCCGACCAGCAUUUGACGAACAUUUUUGGACUUGGUAUCUGGAUAGUUAUUCUAGAUUACCAUCUCCUGGAGAUGGACUGAACUUACUUAGUGGAGGCUCGCUGAAGGUCUCACAAGAUAUCUUACCGUUUGACUCCAAGAAAUACACUGCAUCUUCCACUGCUGUGGUGACAUUAAGGAAAUAUUUUGAACAACUUAAGCUUUCGGUACCGUCGGUUAACCAGGCAGUGGCAAUGUUGAAAUCUCCUUUUGCACACGGUGACCCUCUUAAGGCAUUCCAACUAGUCAGAUACUUCCAACUCAGUUCGGAAGGGCUUUUCAUCACAAAUGAAAACAAGGAUAAAUGUGGACUCCCGAUUAAUUACGUCGGGGCUGAGAAUUGGGAAAAUGUCAUGUGUUAUCUUGAUGCCCUUUUAUUUUCAAUGUUUGCCAACCUAGAAUCAUUUGAGCCAAUUCUCUUUAUAUCGAACCAACAUCCAGAGUAUCUUGUGGAUCAAUUAUCGGCACUUUUGCGUUUGUAUGUUAAUCUUUUACGAUCUGGUAAUUUAAUCACUACAGACAUCACCAUGAGACUUUGCGAAGUACUUAUGAAAUUAGGGUUCAAUGAGGCAAUGUCCCAUAAACAGCAGGACUGUGCGGCACUCUUUGAGUUUUUGACUGAAACUUUACUGAUGCCUCUUUUGACAUUUAAAAUUGAUAUUAAACACGACGGGAAAUUUAAUAAAGACGAUGAUCAAAAGUAUUCUAGAGAAAGAAUCUUGUUUGUUAGUAUUCCAGAUGAAUUAGAACAAGAGGAGUUCCAUGAAAAACUUGAAGAGGUCAAGAGGAAGGAAAGAGAGAAAGAAAGGGAAUUGAGCCCAGGCACGGAAGACUCUGAAAAGGGGAACAGCACCAAAGAAAAUGGAAGCCCUGCUGAUGAUUUAUCGGAGAAAACAGCCAAAGAAACGUCUGAAAAGGAAGUACAUACCCCUAGCGACAUUGAAGAUAAUUCUAUUCUUCUUGAAGAAUGUCUUGAACAUUAUUUUAAUAAUUCUAUCAGUGUUCGAAGAGAACUUGAAAGAAGGGCAACUUUAGAAUCUCUAAGGAUGGGAGGCAGUAUUCCCGGAGGAGGCACAGGUGAUGUCGAUGCAAUCCCUGAAAAUGUAGAGCAUUCUCCACAAACACCUUCAGAUAAGGAAAAACCAACAAUGGAGGUGUUUGAGUCAAUGAGAAAUAGAAGCAACAGUACUAGUAGCUUUUCCAGACAAAGAAUUGGAUCUAAUGUAAGAACUAGAUCUUCGACUCUUUCAAUAUGGUCACUCGACAAUGAAGCCAAGUCAAAUCUUACAGGUGCCAAUGCUGGUGUUGCAUCAAGCAAAGAAGUAAGUUUACCAGCUUGGAUGUUUUUGAGACUCCUUCCAUUUUAUACAGAUGAUAAUGAAAUCAAUAAUAUCAAUGGGAGAGCUCACUCCAUUGCUCAAACCUCAAAAGAAUUUGUCAAUAGAAGACCAAUUCUCCCUAUUUGUUUGAAAAGAUAUUCAUUCAACAACUCCAGCAGUAGCAAAUCUCAAAGAAGAGUGAUAAUUCCUCCUAUUAUCAACCUUCCAAACUUUGUUGCAGAUGAUACCCACGAUGUAGCUUCAGGAAGUUAUAAACUUAUUUUGGAGAGUGCUGUGUGUCAUAGAGGAACAUCGAUAUCUCUGGGACAUUUUGUUUCAGUUAUUCGUAAGGAUACCAAUAAUGUGACCGACUUAUCUGAGGAAGAUGCACAUAACGCUGUUUGGUAUUUGUAUGAUGAUAUGAAGAAGAAGUCUAGAGUGGUGGAAAAACUGUUUAAGGAGAUUUUUGAUACUGAAUGGCCUUAUAUGUUGUUUUAUCGGUUGGUAGCUAGCGAUGAAGUUAUGGCAAGUCUGAACAAUUCUAAUACUUCCUUGAAUAUGGUACCCCCUCAAGGAUUCAGAGCCAAAUAUUGGAAGGAUGAAACACUUUCACCAAUCUUAUCUGCGGGACAUUCAGCCAGUGGUGAUGAAGUUGAUACACCAUUGAAGAAGAUUGUCAGUGAAGCUAGUAGCGCCUCUAGUAUUCCUAUACCCGAUAUCUCUCCGAUUGAUGCAAGAUAUGUUGACAUCCGAAAUAAAUAUUUUUGGUAUGUCAUAGAUGGCGAAAAGAACUAUUACAAAGAGUUAUCUAUCCCAUCUCGAAGUGGUACUAGAGAACCUAGUAUUACCAUCAGUCCUCAAUUCAGACGAAAUAGUCAAUGGAGUGAUACUAGUAUGAAUAACUUCAACUUGGAGAAUGUCGCAGCGGCAAAGAGCCAUAUGGAAGAGACAGAGACUAAAGUUCAAGCGAUUUCGUUGAACGAAACUCCUUCAACUCCUCUGAAAUGGUCCAGAUUGAAGACAAAGAAGUCUCCAUCUGGCUUGUCGUCCCCUCAAGAGAAUCCAGUUUCUAUUUCACAAACAAUAUCUCCCGUUAGACUAGAGGAAGCUUUAAAUGAUGAAAAGAAACACCACCACCAUCACCACCACAUGUUUUCUAAACGCUCCAAGAAGAAGGAAGAUGAAUACAGAAAAGAGAAAUGCUGCAUAGUUUAAACCCACAUCCAAUAUAUUUAUAUUAGACUCCAGAUUCAUUGCAUUUUGCAUACGUUCAACCAUUUUUAAUCUAUUGGUAUACGAUAUUUGUUUUUAUUUUAAUUAUUUAAUAGAUCUAUAAACGCAUCA